AUCGGUGGGCCCCAGCACUCGCUCUGGCGUGCUGCAGGGCAGAGGUCAUGGCUGUCACAAGCACGCAGGCUGACCUGGAAAGCAUUCUGCUGGAGGUACCCCUCCCCCUGCACCACCCAUUGCUUGCUCUAUUGUCCCUCUUUAGGACCUCUCCUCUCCACCAGCCCUAUACACAUACCAUCAGAGGCUGACUAGUUUCCCCGCUGCUCUCUUCAUCUCCCAUUGUUUCUGCUCCACUACAUGAUGAGAGAUGAUGAGAGAUUCGUUGUGGUGAUUCUCCUCUCUGUGUGAUUGGUUCUGGUGGUCCGUUCUCUCUGUGUGAUUGGUUCUGGUUGUCCGUUCUCUCUGUGUGAUUGGUUCUGGUGUCUGGUGCUGGUUGUUCCCUGCGGUGUCCGUCAAUCAGGCCGGUGUGUGUGGACCUAGGGGACUGGGGGGCCACAGAGGAGGCGCUACGGGAGGCUGGUGGUAACCUGAAUCUCCUGGUGAAUAACGUGGCCUGCGUCAUGCUGGAGCCCUUCCUAGAGGUCACCCCCGACCAGUUUGACAUGUAAAGAAGCUCUCUUCGCUGUCCUUUGAUUCAUGUAUUGAUUCAUAUUCAUUAAAGUGAAACACAAGUGUCACGCCCUGGCUCUGGGGACUCUAAUAUGUUGAGCCAGGGUGUGUAAAGUCUAUGUGUUUUGUUCUAGGUUUCACAUUCUAAUAUUGUUGUUCUAUGUUGGCCAAUGUGGUUCUCAAUCAGAGGCAACGUGAUUCAGCUGUUGCUUGUUGUCUCUGAUUGAGAACCAUACUUUAGCAGCCUGUUUCCCCACAGAGUUUUUGGGAUCUUGUUUCUAGUCUGUUGUGUUAGACCGUGAACUGUCACGUUUUCGUUUUGUUGGUUUUGAUCGUGUCUCUAAUAAAGAGUAUGUUUGCCUGCAACGCUGCGCCUUGGUCCUCCUCUGUUCCCGACGAGCGUGACAGAAGAUCCCACCUGAACUGGACCAAGCAGCGGGUCGAGGAGCCAUCGCCAGGGAAAUCCCUAGCGGAUAUCCAGCGCCUCCUCGACUGGGUCAAGCCGGGUGAGGAAGAGAGGGGCCUGACGUGGAGGCAGAAGGGCGAAAGGCUGGCGAGAAGCAUGGAGACCUGGUCCACGGGUAGGAGUGAAGCCCAUACAUUUUUUAGGGGGGGGCUAACGCCGUGGACGACGGGGCAGCAGGAGGCCGCCAGGUUACGGGAGUCACUGGUUACCAGGGGGAAGGAGGAUGUAGAGGCACAGCGAGAGGUACUGGCGUGUGUUGCCAGUCCGGUCCGGCCUGUUCCUGAUCCCCACGUAGGGCCAGUGGUGUGUGUUCCCAGUACGGUCCGGCCUGUUCCUGCCACUCGCACCAAGUCUGUGGUGCGCGUCGCCAGCCCAGUCCGGCCCAUUCCUGCUCCCCGCACCAAGUCAGUGGUGCGUUUCGUCAGCCCUGUCCGGCCCGUUCCUGCUCCCCGCACCAAGUCAGUGGUGCGCGUCGUCAGCCCGGUCCGGCCCAUUCCUGCUCCCCGCACCAAGUCAGUGGUGCGUUUCGUCAGCCCAGCUCGGCCCGUUCCUGCUUGGUGCGCUUCGUCAGCCCGGCACGGCCCGUUCCUGCUCCCCGCACCAAGUCGGUGGUGCGUUUCGUCAGCCCGGCUCGGCCCGCUCCUGCUCCCCACACCAAGCCAGUGGUGUGCGUCGUCAGUCCGGCACGGCCCGUGCCUGUUCCACCGGUGGCUGGUCCGGCACCGGUCAGAUGCUUCACGCCGGAGCUAGAGCAAUCCGCUCCACCAGUGUGCAGUCCAGCUCCGGCCAGCGGGGCCAGACCGGACCAGGGGUACUUUGGGGGGUUGGAGAGGGAGCGGGGAUCAGGCCCGGAGCCGGAUCCGCCGCCUAAGCGGAGUGCCCACCCGGUCCCUCCCCUGUGGUAUUUGGUGGGCGUGGUCGGAGUCCGCGCCUUUAGGGGGGGGGUACUGUCACGCCCUGGCUCUGGGGACUCUAAUAUGUUGAGCCAGGGUGUGUAAAGUCUAUGUGUUUUGUUCUAGGUUUCACAUUCUAGUAUUGUUGUUCUAUGUUGGCCAGUGUGGUUCUCAAUCAGAGGCAACGUGAUUCAGCUGUUGCUUGUUGUCUCUGAUUGAGAACCAUACUUUAGCAGCCUGUUUCCCCACAGAGUUUGUGGGAUCUUGUUUCUAGUCUGUUGUGUUAGACCGUGAACUGUCACGUUUUCGUUUUGAUCGUGUCUCUAAUAAAGAGUAUGUUUGCCUGCAACGCUGCGCCUUGGUCCUCAUCUCUGUUCGACGAUCGUGACAACAAGUCACUCAAGACAAGGUAUAAGGACUUUGAUUUAGACCUACAGUGGCUUGUGAAAGUAUUCACCCCCCUUGGCAUUUUUCCUAUUUUUUUGCCUUACAACCUGGAAUUAAAAUGGAUUUUUGGGGGGUUUGUAUCAUUUGAUUUACACAACAUGCCUAAUACUUUGAAGAUGCAAAAUAUUUUUUUUGUGAAACAAACAAGAAAUAAUACAGAAAAACAGAAAACUACAGCGUGCAUAACUAAUCACCCCCCAAAGCCACCUUUUGCAGCAAUUACAGCUGCAAGUCUCUUGGGGGUAUGUCUCCAUAAGCUUGACACAUCUAGCCACUGGGACUUUUGCCCAUUCUUCAAGGCAAAACUGCUCCAGCUCCUUCAAGUUGGAUGGGUUCCGCUGGUGUACAACAAUCUUUAAGUCAUACCACAGAUUCUCAAUUGGAUUGAGGUCUGGGCUUUGACUAGGCCAUUCCAAGACAUUUAAAUGUUUCCCCUUAAACCACUCGAGUGUUGAUUUAGCAGUAUGCUAAAGGUCUCUUUGUUGCCUCUCUGAUUAUUGCCCUCCUUGCAUGGUCCAUGAGUUUUUGGCAGGUUUGUUGUGGUGCCAUAUUCUUAAAAAUUUUUAAUAAUUGAUUUAAUGGUGCUCCAUGGGAUGUUCAAAGUUUCGGAUAUUUUUUAUAACCCAACCCUGAUCUUUUGAUUGGUACUGUAUAUGCAUGUAUUAGACCUACAGUACAUGUAUUAGACCUGUAUUUUAGACCUACAGUUGAAGUCGGAAGUUUAUUUACACCUUAGCCAAAUACAUUUAAACUCUGUUUUUCACAAUUCCUGACAUUUAAUCCUCGUAGAACUUCCCUGUCUUAGGUCAGUUAGGAUCACCACUUUAUUUUAAGAACGUGAAAUGUCAGAAUAAUAGUAGAGAGUGAUUUAUUUCAGCUUUUAUUUAUUUAAUCACGUUCCCAGAAGUUUAUAUACACUCAAUUAGUAUUUGGUAGCAUUGCCUUUUAAUUGUUUAACUUGGGUCAAACGUUUCGGGUAUCCUUCCACAAGCUUCCCACAAUAAGUUGGGUGAAUUUUGGCCUAUUCUUCCUGACAGAGCUGGUGUAACUGAGUCAGGUUUGUAGGCCUCCUUGCUCGCACACGCUUUUUCAGUUCUGCCCACACAUUUCUAUAGGAUUGAGGUCAGGGCUUUGUGAUGGCCACUCCAAUACCUUGACUUUGUUGUCAUUAAGCCAUUUUGCCACAACUUUGGAAGUAUGCUUGGGGUCAUUGUCCAUUUGGAAGACCCAUUUGCGACCAAGUUUUAACUUCCUGACUGAUGUCUUGAGAUGUUGCUUCAAUAUAUCCUCAUAAUUUUCCUUCCUCAUGAUCCCAUCUAUUUUGUGAAGUGCACCAGUCCCUCCUGCAGAAAAGCACCCCCACAGCAUGAUGCUGCCACCCCUGUACUUCACGGUUGGGAUGGUGUUCUUCGGCUCGCAAGUACCCCCUUUUUCCUCCAAACAUAACAAUGGUCAUUAUGGCCAAACAGUUCUAUUUUUGCAAACCGUAGUCUAGCUUUUUUAUGGCGGUUUUGGAGCAGUGGCUUCUUCCUUGCUGAGCGGCCUUUCAGGUAAUGUCGAUAUAGGACUCGUUUUACUGUGGAUAUAGAUACUUUUGUACCUGUUUCCUCCAGCAUCUUCACAAGGUCAUUUGCUGUUGUUUUGGGAUUGAUUUGCACUUUUCGUACCAAAGUACGUUCAUCUCUAGGACACAGAACGCGUCUCCUUCCUGAGCAGUAUGACGGCUGCAUGGUCCCAUUGUGUUUAUACUUGCGUACUAUUGUUUGUACAGAUGAACGUGGUACCUUCAGGCGUUUGGAAAUUGCUCCCAAGGAUGAACCAGAAUUGUGGAGGUCUACAAUUUUUUUUCUGAGGUCUUGGCUGAUUUCUUUUGAUUUUCCCAUGAUGUCAAGCAAAGAGGCACUGAGUUUGAAGGUAGGCUUUGAAAUACAUCCACAGGUACACCUCCAAUUGACACAAAUUAUGUCAAUUAGCCUAUCAGAAGCUUCUAAAGCCAUGACAUCAUUUUCUGGAAUUUUCCAAGCUGUUUAAAGGCACAGUCAACUUACUGUAUGUAAACUUUUGACCCACUGGAAUUGUGAUACAGUGAAUUAUAAGUGAAAUAAUCUGUCUGUAAACAGUUGUUGGAAAAAUUACUUGUGUCAUGCACAAAGUAAAUGUCCUAACCGACUUGCCAAAACUAUAGUUUGUUAACAAGAAAUUUGUGGAGUGGUUGAAAAACAAGUUUUAAUGACUCCAACCUAAGUGUAUGUAAACCUCCGACUUUAACUGUAUCAGGUACAUGUGUUAGACCUGUGUAUUUACAAUGGUUUAAAUAAACAAUCUUUAAACUAGGUUCUAUCUAGCGGUACGUCUGUGUUACCUCCAGGUGGCUGUUACACAGCAUACAUUUUCCAAGCUUAGCCUUGUAUCUGGACAUUAAUAUGAAUGUCUCAUAAAUCCCACUAAAAUAUAGGGAAUCCUUCUCCUUCCCAGAUCCUUCAACAUCAAUGUGAAGGUAGCCCUCCAUGUCUCUCAGGUAAGAGGAGGCCAUCUGAAAUGUAAUUUGUGCUCUGUAACAUAGUUUCUUCAUACUCACUGUGCCUUUGUGUGUGUGUGUGUGUGUGUGUGUGUGUGUCUGUUUGUGUGUGUGUGUGUGGGUGCCUCCUGAGUGGCGCAGUGGUCUAAGGCACUGCAUCGCAGUGCUAACUGUGCCACUAGAGAUCCUGGUUCGUAUCCAGGCUCUGUCGCAGCCGGCCGCGACCGGGAGACUCAGGGGCGGCGCACAAUUGGCCCAGCGUCGUCCAGGGUAGGGGAGGGAAUGGCCGGCAGGGAUGUAGCUCAGUUGAUAGAGCAUGGCGUUUGCAACGCCAGGGUUGUGGGUUCGAUUCCCACGGGGGGCCAGUAUAAAAAAAAUAAAAAAAAUAAUAAUAAUGUAUUCACUAACUGUAAGUCGCUCUGGAUAAGAGCGUCUGCUAAAUGACUAAAAUGUAAAUGUAAUGUAAAUGUGGUGUGUGUGUGUGGGUGUGUGGGUGCGUGCGUGGGUGGGUGUGUGGGUGCGUGCGUGGGUGGGUGUGUGGGUGCAUGUAUGCGUGCGCACAAACGCAUGUGUGUGUGUAGAUCAUGUGUGUCUGUAAAUCAUGGCCCGGGGUCUGAAGGCCAGAGGAAAAGGAGGCUCCAAAGUGAACAUCUCCAGCCAUGUGUCUCAAUGUGCUCUCAGAGAACACAUUCUCUACUGUGAGUUAUUAACAGACAGAGACACAUACGUACUAUUGAUAAGACUUACAAAGCAGGGUUUUAAUUCCCAUAACAAGCCAGGAUACUCUAAUACAGGCCAGGGUUCGACAGAGUACUGCACCUUUUCUUACCAAAAGAGACAACAGAAUCCCAUCAAAACUCACAGCAGCUCCAUUAUAUCAAUUAACUCUAGAUAUAGUUGCACCUAGAUAUAGUUAUUUGAAAGCCUAUGUCUAUCAUAAUGGCAUGUUUGUCAUUAAGGUGUGUGUGCAGGUGCCACUAAAGGAGCUCUGGACAUGCUGACUAAGGUUAUGGCCCUGGAGCUGGGACCCUAUCAGGUAACUAGCUGGGACCCUAUCAGGUAACUAGCUGGGACCCUAUCAGGUAACUAACUGGGACCCUAUCAGGUAACUAGCUGGGACCCUAUCAGGUAACUAGCUGGGACCCUUUCAGGUAACUAACUGGGACCCUAUCAGGUAAUAAUAAUAAAAUAAUAAUAAUAUGCCAUUUAGCAGACGCUUUUAUCCAAAGCGACUUACAGUCAUGUGUGCAUACAUUUUUACAUAUGGGUGGUCCCGGGGAUCGAACCCACUACCCUGGCGUUACAAGCGCCAUGCUCUACCAUGGCUCUAACUGGGACCCUAUCAGGUAACUAACUGUGACCCUAUCAGGUAACUAGCUGGGACCCUAUCAGGUAACUAGCUGGGACCCUAUCAGGUAACUAACUGGGACCCUAUCAGGUAACUAACUGGGACCCUAUCAGGUAACUAGCUGGGACCCUAUCAGGUAACUAGCUGGGACCCUAUCAGGUAACUAACUGGAACCCUAUCAGGUAACUAACUGGGACCCUAUCAGGUAACUAGCUGGGACCCUAUCAGGUAACUAGCUGGGACCCUAUCAGGUAACUAGCUGGGACCCUAUCAGGUAACUAACUGGGACCCUAUCAGGUAACUAGCUGGGACCCUAUCAGGUAACUAGCUGGGACCCUAUCAGGUAACUAACUGGGACCCUAUCAGGUAACUAGCUGGGACCCUAUCAGGUAACUAACUGGGACCCUAUCAGGUAACUAACUGGGACCCUAUCAGGUAACUAACUGGGACCCUAUCAGGUAACUAGCUGGGACCCUAUCGGGUAACUAACUGGGACACUAUCAGGUAACUAACUGGGACACUAUCAGGUAACUAGCUGGGACCCUAUCAGGUAACUAACUGGAACCCUAUCAGGUAACUAGCUGGGACCCUAUCAGGUAACUAACUGGGACCCUAUCAGGUAACUAACUGGGACCCUAUCAGGUAACUAGCUGGGACCCUAUCAGGUAACUAACUGGGACCCUAUCAGGUAACUAACUGGGAACCUAUCAGGUAACUAACUGGGACCCUAUCGGGUAACUAACUGGGACCCUAUCAGGUAACUAACUGGGACCCUAUCAGGUAACUAACUGGGACCCUAUCAGGUAACUAGUGGAUGGAGCCAGUAGCAGAGAGCGCACAUCCAGACACACAUGGUUCUGCUCGUCAGACUAGUACAUUACAUCUCUGUCUGCAACAUUUUGAAUGCUGCUGAUCUGUGUUGAUUGAUUGACUAGUGUACUAAUUGAUUUAUUGAUGUGGUGUACAGGUUGAUUAAUGUAUUGAUUGAUUAAUGUAUUGAUUGAUUUGUAUAUUGAUUGGUUUAUUAAUUGAUGUGGUGUUCUGGUUGCUCGCUUGAUCCGUGUGAACAGUGUAAACCCCACAGUGGUGAUGACUGAGAUGGGGAGGCUGGGCUGGCGCAACCCUGACAAGGCCAAUACCAUGACCUCACGCAUCCCUCUAGUACUAGAUGUACUACUCUUUAAUAACACAGAAUAUCUGAUCACCCAUAGACUACUCAACACAACUCUUUAUCAUAUGAUAGCGGCACAUGGUGAUUACUUUACAUGGUGUUACUUUAUGCUUGUGCAAGUGUAUUAUUUUAUGAUGACCUGUGUGUGUGUGUUCCUUCCUGCCGAGGUGGAUGGCGUUGUGAACUCUAUCCUCCUGUUCCUGCUCAGUGAUAAGAGUUCUAUGACCAACGGGGUCACUCUGACUGUGGACAGGGGCUUCCUGGCCUGCUGA